AGAGGUGGGCGAUCUAAAUAUACGAACAAUUUUUAUCGAAAGGUGGAAUCCACGUUAUAUGCUCGUGCCCCUUGAUUCAAUGCGUGUAAAGGGAGGGUGCUCACCACACGCAUCGCGUGGAAUAGCUCACAGUCACAGCCAUAGUUUCCUGUUUCCUGUUUCCCUCCAACCCCGGUGCCCGCCCAAAACACUCCCACUAACUCUAGUUCUCUGUUCUGGUCCAGAUCGAUUCGAAAGCGUUGGAGGCGUUCGAAUAUUCCUUUCGACAUCUAUUUUGAAGCUGGUGACCUGACAUAAAAUGGUUUCAGAGGCUCCUGCUUCAACGGCUAAGGCUAAGGAGGUCAGUCAGGUGUCAGAGAAACCAGCUUGCAGCUCUUUGCCUAACAAAAGGAACCAUGGGAAAAUUCCAAAGAAAAUUCACAAAGCUGAGAGAGAGAAACAGAAGCGUGAUCAUUUGAAUGAGCUCUUUCAUGAGCUAGGAAUUUCUCUUGAACCAGCUCGACAGAACAAUGGAAAGGCCUCUAUAUUGGGAGAUUCCACCCGAUUACUGCGGGAUCUGCUAGCUCAGGUUGAAUCUCUCAAAAGAGAGCAUGCAGCUCUGUUAUCUGAAUCCCAUUAUGUAACCAUUGAGAAGAAUGAGCUGAAAGAAGAGAAUUCUGUCCUAGAAGCUGAAAUUGAGAAGUUACAGACUGAACUACAGGAAAGGGUUCAAUGUAAACCUACAUGGGAUGCAGCUACUGCCCAAAUGCAGCAUAAGAACUCGGGAUCACAUUUACCUGAAGAUCAUCUUAGGUUGCCUGUUGUAGAUGCCAAAUUGCAGUCGGCCCCUGUUGGUUCAGUGUUUGUUAUUCCCUUCCAUCAUGAGCUUAAAGCUUAUCCAGAGCCCAUGAGUACACAUGCUCCAUCAAAUCCUCCCUCGCAGGUGAGCAGACCUCAUGCUCGAUAUCCUACUCCAUCAGACUCUUGGCCAGCACAACUUCUUUCUGACCAGUUAAAUACAACAAAAGAUAUACUUAGUAAAAACACCACAGGCAUCAGCAGGGGCGGACAAGUCGCUGGCAGUGUAUAAACUUGUCAAGAUCUAGUUUGGUCAGAUGGUUUAAACGUAUUCACCAUGCACCUAAAAUUAUUUAAAUGUUUGUCCUCAAUUACCCCCUAUCUUUCUUGGAUAUAUUUGGGUUAGUUACUUGGUUAUAGGUUUCAGUAUAGGCAUGUGUUUAGUGCCACAUACAAUGACUAUGCCACUGGCGAUGACAACGGUUGGAUCCGGGUAAUGGUGCUUUGGGGGAUUAAUAAUUUAAAAAAAUUUUAGCGUUC